AGCCCCUGUAACCAGUCACAGGGUUGGUGGUAUGGCAGCAGAUCACGGUGAGCUGUUGGCUGAGAUGGCCACGGUCGGUCGUUUGAGCGCCACUGAACGCCUGAAGCAUGCCCAGAAGCGGCGGGCGCAGCAGUUGAAGGCUUGGGCGCAGAUGGAAAAGGAUGCAGCGCGAGGAUCAAGGGCUAAGGCAGAUAAGAAAAAGCCACGUACAUCCAAAGUGAAAUUCUCCAAUGCCAUAACCCUGCUAGAUGCAGCUGCACGCAAUGACGUGCAAGAAGUGAGGGAACUGCUUAACAGCGGCGUCAGCCCAGAUUUGUUCAAUGAGGACGGACUGACAGCCUUACAUCAGUGCUGUAUUGAUGACUUUGUGGAGAUAGUGCAGUGCCUGCUGGAUGCUGGUGCAUGUGUGAAUGCCUGUGACAGUGAGCUGUGGACGCCACUGCACGCUGCUGCCACCUGUGGACACACAGGUCUGGUGCAGCUCCUGAUUCAGGCUGGAGCUGACUUGCUGGCAGUAAAUGCUGACGGCAACAUGCCCUAUGACCUCUGUGAGGACGAGGCCACCCUUGAGCUGCUGGAGAUGGUUAUGGCUGAACACGGGAUAACUCAGGACCGUAUAGAUGAAUGCCGAGGGGCUAAAGAGAAGGUUAUGCUGGCUGACAUUCAGCCACUGUUCCAAAGCGGAGCAGACCUAAAUGCUCAGGAUGAUAAUGGAGCAACACUGCUCCAUAUAGCAUCUGCUAAUGGAUAUAUGACUGUGGCGGAGCAGCUGCUGGAGCACGGAGCUCAGGUUGAAGUGAAGGACUCUGAUGGAUGGACGCCGCUCCAUGCUGCCGCCUGCUGGGGACAGAUCCAAAUUGUGGAACUGCUGGUGGCCCAUGGAGCAAAUUUAAAUGCAAAGUCUUCUCUAGAUGAGACGCCCGUGGACGUAUGUAUGGAUGAGGAAGUUCGAGCCAAACUGAUGGACCUGAAGCACAAACACGAUGCCAUCAUGAAGAGCCAGGAUCGACAGAAGGGAACACUGCAGAGACGAGCAUCUAGUACUGGCAGCAGAGGGAAGGUGGUGCGUCGGGUCAGUGUGAAUGAACGCUCCAGUCUGUACCGACGCGAGCACCAUAAGGAGGCCAUGGUGUGGCAGGAGCGGGGAAGACAGCCAGAGCCACAAGACGACGAUGAGGACAGACAGACAGACAAUGAGCUACACCUGCAAGCCAUGAUUGCUGGUGGAGCCGUAUCACGUUUAGAAGAACUGGAGGCUGCAGACAGAAAAAUCAUGUCAAGCAUAGGGAAUGGGGAGACAUCUGUUUCUCUGGCCUCCUCUGUGCCAGGUGAGGUGUGGAGCAGUGGAGGGAUCAUGGAUCGGAGCGCUUCCUACCAGCUCAGCUCUGCCUCUGAAGCCGCUUUAGUGCCUGGGUCUGCAGAGGGUGAUGGCACAGACGGUAUGAGUAAAGAGAAGUCUCACCACACUUUAGCUGACCUGAAACGACAGAGGGCAGCUGCCAAGCUCAACAAGUAUCCAGCCCCCCAGCCCCCCCUGCCCCCUCCCCUAGAGGAAGAGCCUCCUGCUACACCAGGGGAUGCUACAACUCGUGAGGAGCCCCAGCAGACACCCAGUAUAGAGCAGGCAGCCUCCCCCAGCCAGGUGUACUUCACCCCUGCCAGCGGAGAUCCUCCGCUGCUGAAACUCCGAGCCCCUGAAGAGGAACAGUCGAACAAUAAGGAGCCUUGCUGUGGACUCAUGUAGAGACGCUGCUUACAAACACACAUAACUGCCUACAGAGAAAUGACUGGGUAUGUUACACUCCAAAGUGGCAAAAACCAUUGAAAAAGACAGAUCUGUUGCUGAAAGUAGUCUUGAAGGCCACAUGCCAAGGAUGGUGGAUCUACAAAGCGUUUCAGAGAACUGAAGUGCUUGCUGUGUUUAUUCAAACCUGAUCCAUAUGUGACACGAGAAUGUCCCGUGUCCCCCAGUUGCUUUUUUACUGGACUGAGUGCUGUCUAUCUUGCUACACAAAGAAGAUGACAAGAUUUUAUCAUGUUUAUGAGCAAACGAUUGAUUUAAUCAGCCUCAAUGUUCAUCAUUAUACUCAUCUUUAGUAAUUUACUCAGCUUCUGCACAGUGAUGUUUUGUUUAAAAAAAAAAUUAGAAUGACAUGGAAAUGAAAGCAGAGUGGAAAUGAAUUACAGUUUUACAUUAAGAAGAUGAUGAGUAAAUGAAGUAAAAGUUAUUUUCUUUGGUAAAUGACUGCUAUGAAAAGGUACAUGAUCUAUUUUCAUCCAUUAUAAGGAAGUUUUUUUUUAUGGUUGGGAUAGCUACUUGAUUAUGAGAAAUUCAGUACACAGUAAAGCUGUUCUUUACAUUGUGUAAACAUUUUUUGUAAAAUUUAGCUCAGUGAUUUUUAUUUUAUUUUUUCCAUGCACAAAAAAAGCCACAUUUCAGUUUUUGUAAUGGUCCACUUUCUAAAUUAAGAGUUCCUCUAAAAAACCGCGAGAGGUAAUACUCUUUGUAAAUUAAUGGGUAAUUUACUCAGACAAUCAUCAUGACUUCUAGAUUUCUACUUUUCUAUCAGUAUUUGUACUUUUCUUCUAAAAGGAAUCAUCUUAUUUAUUCUGAUAGUGAAUAUGAGAUACAGCAUCUAGAUCAUGUUUUAUAAAGAUAUUUAAAGAAGUGUGAGGGCUAGAUGUUCUUGUGUUACUGGAAUUAUAAAAGUGAUAUAUAGUUUUAUCGUCAAACCAAGAAAACUUGUCACUAAUUUAUCAAAGGUCGGUGCCUUCGUAAGAUGUCAGAUGUAAUAAAGGUUUGCAAUGCUUGCACAAAGUCCCACAUGUAAAUUAGUGGGAUAAAAUAAUCCAUCAGACUUGGACUCCAACAUGAUGUACUGUCAGUGCACUCUGUCUAUUGCAUUUCACUUGUAUUAUUGAUUUUUACUGAGCCCUGUUUAAAAAAAAAAAACAAAAUAUAAAAAAUAUUAUGUUUUCGUGAAA